AUGGACUCGAAAGAACACAAGAAGCCCUGCCGCCGCCACCGACAUAAGAAAAACAAAAUCAAGACCCAGGAGAGAUUGAUCAAGAAGUUCCCUUACAGGUUACCUCGUUUGACGGAGCCUAGCCCAGUAUCCCCACAAUCUUGGAAGGCCAAGAGCAACUCACUGAAGGACAAGCUGCCCUUGCAGAAGAAUCUGGUGCCAACACGGUCCAUCCCCAUCCCAGGGCUCGGCGCUCCGGAAGUCACGUGGCCACUCAGCCUCUACUCACCAUCCCCACAUCAUCCUCCACUGUGUCACCUCUGGGAACUGAAAUUACUGCAGCUCCGUUUCCCCACACAAGACCUUCCCAAGCCGCCUCCUCUGCAGGCUGCUGCUGCUGCUGACCAGCCCCCGACCAGUGCGACUUCAGAGCCAUCUGAGAGCUUUCCCUAG